AAGCUGCUAGGUACCCUUGGGAGUGGGAAGAAUUGAAGCUUCCAAAUGGUGAGCUCACGAUAGGCUGACUCUUUCCUAUCAGCGCAGGCUUUGGUCAAUUUAGAUACUCCGCAAAAAGCUGAGAGAGGGAAGCAACCACCCUAAAGCCGACUUCGCUUUUUGCGAAAAAAACGUCAUCUCUUAACUCUACAAUCUUUUUCCACCAUUAUGAAGAUAUAGGUUUUUUCUUUGUACAUAUCCAUUGUGGUGGGGCUCUUGCAAACGACGAAUCUAGAUAUCUGCGCUGCGAUAAUCGAUAUUCAGUAAUUGACAAAAUUUGGUCGAUCGAUUCGCCAUGUCUCUACCCGCCCUCGCCCUCCGAGGCACUUCUCGUGCUGUCCGUUCCUUACCUCGAUGGCCAGUGUCAAGAACAGUUCAAUGCGUAGCAAGAAGGGCUCAGUCAUCUUCUAAACUAGACGUCCAACAACGAUUGCUCUCGGCACAUCUCCAAGAUGCUGAUCCCGCUGUGUUCGACAUCAUCGAAAAGGAAAAGACCCGACAAAAGCAUUUCAUCAACCUUAUCCCCUCCGAAAACUUCACCUCCCAAGCCGUCCUUGACGCGUUAGGUAGUCCAAUGCAAAACAAAUACUCGGAGGGUUAUCCAGGAGCGAGGUAUUACGCAGGCAACGAGUUCAUCGAUCAGUCGGAAAGGUUAUGCCAGAAGAGAGCGCUAGAGACGUUCGGCUUAGACGAGAAUGAAUGGGGCGUCAAUGUACAGCCACUAUCCGGCGCUCCCGCAAAUCUGUACGUCUACUCCGCCUUAAUGGAUACCCACGAUCGGCUUAUGGGAUUAGACCUCCCUCACGGCGGUCACCUCUCCCACGGAUAUCAGACUCCCACCAAAAAGAUUUCUGCCGUGUCCAAGUAUUUCGAGACGGUUCCUUACAGGUUAAACGAAGACACAGGAUUGAUCGACUACGGGAAACUGGACGAGCUUGCUCAUCUCUACCGACCCAAGAUCAUCGUAGCUGGAGCUAGCGCAUAUAGCAGAUUCAUUGACUACAAGGCUAUUAAGGAGACAUGCGACAAGGUCAACGCAUACCUAGUCGCUGAUAUCGCGCAUAUCUCUGGUCUCCUCGCGGCCAAGGUUAUUCCUAGCCCAUUUAGCUUCGCGGAUAUUGUAACGACUACGAGCCACAAGAGCUUACGGGGUCCUCGGGGCGCCAUGAUCUUCUUCAGGAAGGGCGUGCGAAAGGUUAACCCGAAGACAAAGGAGGAGAUAUUAUAUAACUUGGAGAACCCCAUAAACAGCUCGGUAUUCCCGGGUCACCAAGGUGGUCCCCACAAUCACACUAUCACGGCGCUGGCCGUAGCAUUGAAGCAAGCUCAAACAUCCGAAUUCCGAACCUACCAAGAGCAGGUCCUUGCCAACGCUCAAGCUCUUGCGAACCGCCUGGGCGAAUCCAAGGCCAAUGGUGGCCUCGGGUAUAAACUCGUGAGUGAUGGCACAGACAAUCACCUGGUCCUGGUAGACCUGAAGCCGCAAGGCGUCGACGGUGCCCGAGUUGAGCGAGUGCUAGAGGUCGUAGGCGUGGCCAGCAACAAGAACACGGUACCCGGCGACAAGUCAGCGAUGAUACCAGGCGGUCUGCGUAUAGGCACGCCGGCGAUGACAACGCGCGGUUUCACAGAGAACGACUUUGUUAGAGUAGCUGACAUCAUUGACCGCGCAGUAACUAUCGCGUCCAGGGUGGAUAAGGCAGCGCGCAACGCAGCAAAGGAAAAGGGCGAAAAAUACAAAUUAAAAUUCUUCUUCGACUUCCUUGGCACCGGCGAGGAAGACCCCGAAAUUGUGCAGCUACGCGCGGAGGUGUCAGACUGGGUAGGAACUUACCCUCUGCCUUGGGAUGAGAAGCAAUGACGUCGGGUUGCAUUUUCGAGGUUGUAGCCGUGGCAAGGCGACGGGGUCUUUGAUAUGAAUUUAAAGAUUCAAAUUUGAGAGGGGGGUGGCAGACUAUUCUUCAUUUUUUCCCCUUUUGUGACGCAGUGGUCGGGCUC